UGAAAACCGGAAGUACCGAUGCUGGACGACGUGUACCCGAUUGUUUUCGUUUGUUUAUGAUGUCAUGGAUUGAUAUUUAUCCCAUGUUUUGACAAAACUCAUUGAGUUAACUUGUUCUGUAUAUACUGUGCUAGAUUUCCGUUCAUACGAGAAGGAUCACAGACAGCGAAAUGGCAGAUGAAAGUGCCCCACCAAGGCCCAGUGUUGUUGGACAGUUCUUCAGGAGGCUAGGAGAGCUUCAACAAAAUGCCCUGGACCAGGCCACCCCUCAUGUGGGAUUUAGAUGGAUCAUCACCGCCCUUCUCUUCAUAACAUAUUUCAUCAGGGUUUAUCUACUGCAGGGUUGGUAUAUAAUCACAUACGCGCUGGGCAUCUACCUUCUAAACCUGUUCAUAGGAUUUCUAACACCAAAGAUUGAUCCUAACCUUUCCAUGGAGAGUGAUGAUGAUGGUCCUGAACUACCUACAAAAUCAUCAGAUGAGUUUAAACCUUUUAUGCGACGGUUACCAGAGUUUAAAUUUUGGUACUCAUGUUCAAAGGCAGUAUGUGUCUCCAUGUCCUGCACGUUCUUUGAAGCUUUCAAUAUACCUGUGUUUUGGCCCAUAUUAGUCAUGUAUUUUAUCAUCUUGUUUGUGAUCACCAUGAAGAGACAAAUAAGGCAUAUGGUUAAACACAGGUACGUUCCAUGGUCCAAAAGCAAGACCCGCUACAAGGGGAAAGAAGACACAGGGAAAGUGUAUGCCAAGUAGCCGUGGAGACAGUUGUUGUGUAUGUGUUGCUGAGUGAAUGUUAUAAACAGUAUCUAGAGCCUUAAGAAACUACUUGUAAUCUUUUUAUGCGUUGUGUCAUAACUAUGAUUGUAUUUAUAAAUGAAAAGAGUCUAUUGUGUAUUUUCCCAUGUUUGUGGUUAGUUUUUGUUAGCUAGGUUAUAAAUUGUUUAAUUUUUUAAUAUAUUGCCAAUUGAUAUCUGAAGAUGAGUGAUUAAGAUUUUCAAUAAUUUAUUUUUAUUUAUAUAUUGAUGCUACAUCAGUAUAUGUAUGUAAUAUGAUGAAUGUAUGACUGACAGAAAUGAAGAUUCUAACAGUUGCAAUUCUUUUGUGCACAAUCAAGAUGUUACAGAAUGAGUACACCCAUGGCCAUAAAAGUGUUGACAAGCCAAAUAAGCAAUCAGCAGAAAAAGAUGUGUUGUACUUGAACAAGAAAUUAAACCCGUGGACAAGCCAAAUAGGCAAUUAGCAGAUAAAAAUGUGCAGUACUUGGAAAGGGAAUUUACAUAAUUACUAAACUGAUAUUUUUAAGUACAUGUAUCAGCUAUAGUUUAUUAGCUCAUCGUAAGACAGAUGCUUAUCCUUCUUUUGUGAUAUUGAGCUAAGUCUGUCUUGCACUGAGCCAUACAUUUGUAUUUAAUGGGGUUGUCUGUUGUAGUAAAAUGGCCAUGGAUUUGUUAUUGAGAAGGUAUAAAUGAAACCACUGAAUCUGUUUUAAGAUACAUGUACUUUGUAGAAUUUGUCACUGUCCAUGUAUGUUGAAAAAAUAUUAGAUCAUUACUCAAGAUGCUUAAUAGGAGGGUGAAGCAUUUAGUAUGUUAAAGUUUUCCUUGAUGUAAUUUAUAGAAAGUACCUUUAGUAACUUGUAUUCUUGUCACACGUUAAUUAUGUAUUUUUGAAAGGAAAACCAUCGUUUUAUGUUUUAUCUGUUUAAAAAUGCAGAAUAAUAACAGACUCAAGUUCUUUGUUUCUGCAAUUUUUGCAGUCAGUGUUGAAAUGACCUAGAUGAACCUUUUCAUUUUGAUAAUAUUUCAUUCAAACAUAUUUUUUUUUUUUGUAUUUAUGGUUUUUUAAACUACAUUAGCUUGCUUAAUCUAUUAUGAUUGUUUGUGUUCUGUUUUUUAUGCAGUAAUACCAAGUAGUUCUUUAAAAUCAAAUGUACUAACAGGCUAUGAAAAGAGUAUUUAACUGUCUGAGUGAAAUAAUGUACAAACAUGUAGUACUUACAAAUGCUAGUACUAACUGUCUUAUCUUUAUGAUGUAGUGAAACAAGAAAUAUUCUUUGUAAGUUACGUUUUGUUUAUUCUAUCCUAAUACAGUAUUUUAACAAUUUACAGUAAGUAUUUUGGUAGAUAAGUUGGAUUUGGAAUGAGUAUUUAGGCAGAUAAAUAAGGCUUAGAAUUUAAAUUAAAUGUUGUAAGUAAAAGUAACACCACUUGAAGUAAAAUCUUAAUGAUUGCCCUUAGCACAGGGAGUGUGUAUAAAUGAAUGGCAGUAGUUAUAUACCUUUAAACAACCUGGAAAGUUGAAUUUCUGAUGCUGUUAACAUUGCUGUUAUUCAACAUUCUAAACAUCCAGGGUAAUGAUGUCUAUUGCUUGUUUCAUGUUUUGAUAUUUGUUAAAAAUAAAAGGUGAUUUGAAAGAUAUGUAGAUUCUGAAGCAUUGAUAACAUUAAGAAAAUCACCAUGUAUUAAUAUCAAAGAAUGUAAUGCUUUGAGAAAUCAUAAUUGCUAAGAUGUGUGUGUAACUCAUGCAUGAAUGCCUUCUGUAUUUAUUUUGAUAAGAAAUGUGCAUGUUAAUUGAAGUUUUAUAUUUGUAAAUGUAAAUAUAUAUCAUGAACAUGACUGAUCUGUUCAUGUGAAACUACCCUUGUUUUAUAAUAAACGUUGGGAAGUGAC